AGUAAACAAAUAAUCCUAAGAGGUCCAGAAAUUGACAUUGAGAGACGGGGAGUGCUGUGUGAGCUUCCUCCUCUGUUCCUGGAAUGGAGGGGGGAAGGCAGAAGUGUGAGUUGCUGAAGGCCCUUGAGGCCCUCAAGAAGGCCUCCAAGGAGAUCGAGGCUAACCCCGUUGGCGCCGCCGAGAAGGGCGACGACGGAUGUGAUUCCCCUUCAAUGAAGGCCCUCCUCCAACUCCAGAGCGGCUCGUGUGACCUCCUGUCCGGCGACCCCCAACUCACCAACCUGUCUGAUCUCCUCAACCGCCUCAGAUGUCUCGCGUCUUCGAUCCGCUCCCCCUCGUGCCGCGACGACGGCGAGUGUGGGCGAAGUUGUGGUGGUAACGGUGGGAUACUUGGAUCGAUCCGAUGGCUGAGAUCUAGCCACAGCCACGAGAUCUCGCGCGUGGCCGGGUCGAUAGGCGCCGAGAUCCAGUCGUGGAUCGACCGGGAGAGCGCCGACCGCCUCGUCUCUGCCCUCCGUUCUAUCUCCCCCUUUGUCGCCCGUGGCGAGGAAGUGGAGGAGGAGGAGGAGGAGGAGGGGGAGGCGCUGGUGCGCGCCCUACAGGCGCGCAUCUCACAGGGCUUCGACCGCGGCCUGCAGGACGUGCUCCUCCGCUCCGGGGCCUUCGCCGCCGUGGAGUCUGCCCUCGCCGACGUGGCAGCGCCGAAGCGGGUCCGCGAGUGCGCGGCCACGGCCGUGCUCGCCCUCGUCCGCUUUAACAAGGCCGUCUUCGUGGGCCCAGUCCUCAUGGGCCCCACGGUGGGCGCCCUUGUCUCCAUGUCCUCCGCCUCCGCGUCGGCCACCGCGCUCCGUGCGCUCAACGGGCUAAUCAGGGCCAUUCGGAGUCCGCUGGUGGACGAGCUCCACGCCCGAGGACAGAUCCCCCGGCUCGUUGGCCUCCUUGGCGGAAGCGUCGCCGUCGAGGUGCGGAUUCUAGCACUGGACUGGGCGCUAGAGAUCGGCUACUUCGGCCGGAAAGAGGCCAUCGACGCAAUGAUUGCGGAGGGGCUAAUCAAACGGCUGACGGCGCUACAGAGAUCAGACCUGGGCGACGCCCUCAUCGAGAUGGAUGGCGGUGGCCGAGGAGCGGUACCGGUUGGCCAGCUGCGGCGGGGGCGGGGAGUGGGGGAGGAGGAGCGGCAAUUCCUGGAGGCGCGGCCGUUCGCGAGCUGCGUGUCGCGGUGGGCGGUGCAGGUGGAGGUCGGGGAGGGACUGCGGCAGCGGGAGAAGCGGGAGAUAAAGAGGGAGGUGGUGGCAAGGGUGAGGGAGGCCGCCGCCUCGGAGGCUGAGGCGGCCACCGCGCUGGCCGAGGUGUUGUGGGGGUCCACGCUCUGGUGAUGCGCGAACCAGACGAACAAAGAACGUCAUGUGACACGUACGUUAUGGUCUUUGUUCCGUGUGGUUUCAUCUCGUGUCACGCAUUUUUAUUCUUCUGGCUUCAUUAAGGGAAGAAGGGACAAAAAGCAGCCAUUGGGGCUGGAGAGAAGCUUAGUUCCUAGUGCAUAAAGAAGUGCUCCAGGGUUGGAGUUGGUUGGUAUUGAAUGUUGAUAGAUGAAAGCUUGGGAGUGAUGAUAAGUGAUGCGCUAUUUUGAUGGUCAAUUAUUGUACAAAUGUGUCUCAUUUUAUGUUUAAAUGGUUUUAUAACCCAAAUGAAUUUCA